ACACGAAGAUUUAAACACACACAAAACAUAUCAGUUAUUCCCUUCGCCUUCGAUAAUAAUGGUCUUGCCAUUUUCCUUUCAUCUUCUGUUUAUUCCGCAGGGGAGAUGAGAGGAAAAAUGGUUAAGGCUGAGGAGGACGCAGAAGAGUUGAAAUCGAGGUUGGUGAAGGAGAUCUGCCUCAUCUCAUCAACAUCUUGUUCAUGCAGUCGUCCACGAUCCUUUCCUGGGAAAUCUGAGUUUGUGGAUUGGUACCGCCUUCUCUGUAUAGAAGAGGAUGCUGAGAUUGAUGUCAUCAGAAAGCGUUAUCAUCAACUAGCAUUGCAGAUCCAUCCUGACAAAAACAAACAUUCUAAUGCUGGAGUUGCAUUUAAGCUCGUCUCAGAGGCAUACGAAUGUCUGUCAAACACAACUAAGAGAGCUGAAUUUAACUUAGAAAGGACGAACAGGAUAUGCAGUAGAUGUCAGAGAUCAAGACCAUCCGAAGCCUGCGGCACUUUUGACAAAGUGAGAAAGGAGAAGGUGAAUGGCGCCGAGUUUUCUUCAAGAAGGGCUAGACAGGAAAAGGCAAGAAGGGAAAUGAAACAGGCAAUAAAAGAGGAAGCCACAGUGAUAGCCAGUUCCAUCAGCAUCUGCCAUCAGACACCCAGAAAUGAAUCUCCUAUCUUCGAUCCUGCCAUGUACAGUUUGGGAUAUCCUCAUCGAAGGACGCCUCUGGAAUGCUCCGGUCUUCUUGAUUCCCGUCGUCAGCAAAAGGACAUUUAUGCCUCCUCAAGAUGCAAUGGCGGAAGAAACCAUCAACGAAAAGCAGAGUUCCCAGUUUUCGAGAACUGCAAUAGAAUUUCAUGUAUCUCCCCCAACAGAACAAAACACACCGUUCUCAAGGUGUGACAACUUUUCUCCAACUCUUCAUUUGUUUUGCAUUUUUCUUUUUCCAUGAAGAAAUGGAGCAUCUGAGCAUGGCCAUUGCGGAUUGGAGAAUAAUUUACAGACUGUUACCAAACAUAACAGCCCGUGGCUGAAAUGGUUCCCGUUGAUAAU